AUUUUGGUUCCAUUCCACACGGAAUUGCCGGAAUCUUACGGUCCCGGAACAGUAAUCGGCACAGUUUAAUUAGAUGUUCCAUUCCGGGCUGUUCCGGCCGAAUUUUGGUAUUUCUGCCGGAAUAUUCGCUUCGGUCCGAAAUUAAGGUGUAUGGGAAUUUGGUAAAUUUUUUGAAAUGGUAGUGAUGAACUUGUAAUUUUAUUGAACUCUUUUUCUCCUUCCCUGUGAGCCUGCGAUGAAGCAAAUCAGUUUCACUUUCCCCCAGUUUCCGAAUCCCUAAUUUCUCUCCUACCCUCCACUAGACACCUUCCGGCCUCUAGCCUUCCGCCACAAGCAGCAGCUUGUUGACUCAGUCGACUCUGUUGCAGCUCCUCUUGCUCGACCGCAGGUCGUCGUCAAUCUCCAUUCCACCAGUUCUUAUUUACUUCUCUCGCUUUCUUUCUGUGAUGGCUUUAUAAAUCAUUCGUUCUGUUUUGGAUUUGUACAACCGUAUCAGAUGCUUGAAAGUUCUUCAAUUACGUCUCCAUAGUUCAUACUUCAUUACAUCCUCUAAAUUCCUAUUAGUUCAUUAUGUCUACAACUGUACAACUUCAUACCUCGUCAAUUCAGAGAGCAUGCUGCCAAGAAUGUGAGUAUAAAAAUGUCUAGUUGUCAAUCAAAUAAUGCUAUAUCUACUGCACUUGCUCCUACGAGAUCAGAGGAUCCAACAUGGGCCCAUGCACGCGUAGUGCCAGGGGCAAGAAAUAGUACUCAAUGUAUCUAUUGUAGCAAAACAAUUAGAGGCGGCGGAAUCACUAGGUUGAAAUAUCAUCUAGCUGGGAUUUCAGGUGAUGUAGAAGCAUGUAGAAAGGUCCCUGAUGAUAUAAAAUGGCAAAUGAAGGAGGUGGUCAAUGAAUUGAAAAAUAACAGACAAAAGAAAAGAAAAAUAAACUCAAAAAUUGGAAGCCCUUAUGGUGAUUCACCAUAUGAUGAUAAUGAUGGUGAUAAAGAGGGACAUUCUCAUGGUUCAAAAGGAAAGGGGAAUGAGGAGAAUGGAAAGUCCAUGGAGGCACUUAAUAGGUUUUUCGCUCCAAGAACGGCUCUUGGGUCUCAACCUACCAUUAAGAGUUCUAUGUGUUCGAAGGAAAUGAUUGGCAAAGCAAAUAUGUCUAUAGCAAAUUGGUGGUAUGAUGCUAAUAUCCCUUUUAAUGCAGCUCAAUCCAAGUUUUAUCAACCAGCUAUAGAUGCCAUAGCUGCUAUUGGGCCAGGAUUCAAGGGUCCUUCUUUACAUGAGUUGAGAGGAAAUCUGUUGAAAAAUUCUGUAAAUGAGGUUCAGAAUUAUCUCUUAGAUAUUAAAAAGUCUUGGGAGGAGAGUGGUUGUUCACUAAUGUCAGAUGGUUGGACAAAUCAAAAGCAGCAACCAAUAAUCAACUUUCUAGUUUAUUCCCCAAAGGGUACAAUAUUCUUAAAGUCUAUUGAUGCAUCGGGCCUUAGAAAAGAUUCAGAAACAUUAUUUAAUAUUUUUGAUGAAAUCGUUCAAGAAGUUGGGGUUGAGAAUAUUGUUCAAUUCAUAACAGACAAUGAUGCAAGUUAUAAGGCUGCAGGAAAAAAGUUACAGCAGAAGUAUGGUUCUUUCUUUUGGUCCCCUUGUGCAGCUCGUUGUAUAGAUUUAAUGUUGGAAAGUUUUUCUGAUCCCAAACAUUUUCCUAUUAUGGAUGAAACUAUAAAAAAGACAAGAAAGAUAACGAAAUUCAUUUAUAAUCAUGAUUGGGUUUUGGCCUUGAUGAGAAAAGACUUCACUAAAGGUCGUGAUUUAUGUCACCCUGCAAUCACAAGAUUUGCAACAAAGUUUUUAAGUAUUCAAUGCUUAGUUUUGUUUAAGAAAGAGCUUAGACAAAUGUUUACUUGUGAUAAAUGGGUUGCAUCAAGUUAUUCUAAAAGCAGCAUAGGGAAGGAGAUAGUUGGGAUUGUUUUAGAAGACAAAGAGUUUUGGCCUCAAUGUCAGUUUAUUGUAAAAAUCAGUGAGCCUUUGGUUAGAGUUCUACAACUCGUCGACGAGAAAGAGAAACCUACAAUGGGAUACUUGUAUGAUGCGAUGGAGAGGGCAAAAGAGAAUAUAAAAGCGAGAUUCAAGAACAAAGUUACUACAUAUAUGCCAUUCAUUAAGAUCAUUGAUGCUAUGUGGGAUAAGCAGCUCCACAGUCCAUUAAAUGCAGCGGGUUGUUUUCUUAACCCUGGAAUUUACUUUAGCCUUUGCUUUGAAAAGAAAAGUGAAGUUUCAAGAGAGUUUAUGACAUGUGUUAUAAAGUUGGAACUUGAUCUUGCUAAACAAGACAUUAUCAUAGAACAACUUGAAUUGUAUAAGAAUGCAGUCGGUGAUUUUGGACAUUCUUUAGCAAUCCGCAACCGUGGAAAAAUUCGUCCAGUUUCAUGGUGGGAAAAUUUUGGAAAUGAGGCUCCAACUCUUCAAAAGUUUGCAAUUCGCAUACUAAGUCAAUGUUGUAGUGCGACUAAUCGUGAAAGAAAUUGGAACACAUUUGAGUUUAUUCAUUCUAAGAAGAGAAAUAGACUAGAGCAUAAACGUUUAAAUGAUUUAGUCUUUGUUCGUUAUAACUUGAAGCUGCGAGAGAGAAACAUAAAAAAGGAAAGAGAUGUUUUGGAUCCAAUCAACUUUGAAAAUAUCGACUUGAUGGAGAAAUGGGUGGGUGAAGAAUCAGAAUUUAUAGAUGGAGAAGACUUGGAUUUGGAAAGUAUUGAAGAGCCAUUAGCCUCACCAAAUAUAGAAGAUGAUGAUAAUGUUGAUCUUGAUGUUGAUGAUGAUGGUGGUGAUUGUGAUGAAAAUAUUUUGAUUAAUUCUUCAAAUUUUGAUCCUUAUUGUUUUUUGAAUGAAAAUGAGUGAUUUUUUUUUUUCUUUUAAUAGAUGGAUUGAGAACCUAUAAGUAUAAUUGAGUUUUGUAGAUAUGUAUGUUUUUAAGACUUGUAUUGAUGUUAUUUUAGAAUAUAGUUUUUCUAUAUAUUUCUAUA